CUACUAUUCAAAGGCAACUCUGGAUUUUUAGGCUUGACCUAAAUGAACUCAGUGUUUCAGCUGUUUUACAGAUUACUGAAAAUUUGUUCCAGAGUUGUGGUGGACAGAAGCUGAAUCCUGCUUCUCCAUGUUUAGUUCUGGUUCUGGUUGUGGUCUGUUCUGCAUUCCCAGAACCAGAAGACCUGAAAUGGCAGAAUCUCCUUCUGUGUGCAGGCAGACUGAGGGACAGGUAGAACCGGACCAGCAGACCUGCACACAGGACAUCAACGGAGUCCUGAGGGAGAUGAGCGCCUGGUUGGCUGGACUGAAGGUGGAGGUUCAGCACCUACAGAGAGAUAAUGAAGUGAAGACGAAAGAGCUAGAAUCACUGAGCCAACGAUACCAAGCUCAAGCAGCAGAGCUUGCUGCUGUUAAAGCCAAGGCAAACGGCAUCGAAAACCAAGUAGAAGCUCAGGCAGCAGAACUGGCUGCUGCUAAAGCCAAGGCUAACGUCACCGAGAACCAAGUGGAGGCUCUGAGGAGAGAAGGAGAAGCCAAGCGACUGGCUUUCUCUGCUGCUCUUUUGGAGUCGGGUUCAGGAAACCACGGGCCAUUCAACACACACACAAUCAUGGUCUUCAGACAUGUUACCACUAAUAUUGGAAAUGCCUACAGUCCAAGUACAGGGCUGUUUACUGCACCAGUAAGAGGAGUGUAUCACUUUGAGUUCCACAUCUACGGACAUGGAAGUUCUACACAGCCUGCUUAUGCGGUGUUGGUCAAGAAUGGAGUGCAAAUCUUUGCAACAUAUGAACAUCAGCCUGCUGGUGGUCAGAAGACUUCUAAUGGUGUUACACUGAUGUUAAACAUCGGAGACAUUGUAUUUGUGCGUUUGCCGGCUAACUCAUGGGUUCAUGACAAUCAAGAUCAUCACACUACCUUCAGUGGCCAUCUACUGUUCACCAUGUAGAAAUAUAACAGGGUUUUAUUUUUAAAUUAGAAUUUGUGGUAGAAGCCAGGCAGCACAGAUCUGCAUCAAAGAUUAUUGUUCAAAGAUAAUAACAACAAACAGUUGAUUACAUUUUGGUUUAAAUGUGCAAUUUCUAAAUCACACGUAAUUGAAAUUAUUGAAAAGUAGAAGAGAUUUGUGUGUGGGUGUGUGUGUGUGUGUGUGUGUGUGUGUGUGUGUGUGUGUGUGCGUGUGUGCGUGUGUGUGUGUGUGGACCACGCAGCACCAGCGCCUCUUUCUGUCCAGUUUGGCACAUUAUUACACAUCUGAACAUGUUCUAAAAUCUAAUUGAGCAUUUUUAUAUAGAACAAUUUGAAUACAUCAACUUAUUUUUUCAUGUCACAGGAUUAA